AUGGAAAGCUUCAUCCAAAUAAUACCAGACAAAGAUAGAGACUCUGAUCUUGAAAUCUCGGUAAUGAUAAGUUAUUUUUCCCUUUUUUCCAAUAUCAUGGCGCAAGCAGGUUUUAGUGGACUAAAUUCAUUAAAAAGACCAAAUUCAGGAUUUUUGAUAAUAAAUUAUCCUUAUUAUAGAAACAGUAUGGGGGGUAUUGAAUCACAAUUUGGAACAAAAGAAGCCUUUACUGUUAAUCUUCUAUUUCACGAAUUGAUGCAUACUUUAGUACAAGUAUAUACAUCAACCUUCCAUCCUUACAAUUCAACUGAGUAUUACUCAGAAAACCAAACAUUCUGCUCAAUGACUAAAUAUGGAAAGAAGUUUAAGUUCCUAAUUACCCCAUAUGCUCAUAUUUUUGCCCUGAAGCAUUAUGGCGUUGAAGUUUUUGAAGGUGAUGAUAAUAAUUGCACAUCAGGUAUCGAAAUCGAGCUUAGUGGCGGUUCAGGAACUUCUGGUUCACAUGUAGAUUUUCGUCCAUUCUUCACAGAGCCUAUUAUUGGAACUGAUCCUGAGCGAAGAGGCAUGGAUUUUAAUCGAAUUACAGAUGUUUCGAUGGCAAUUCUUCAUGAUACAGGAAAUUAUAAGUGCAAUUGGUCAGUUGCCAAGCCUCUUGUUUGGGGAAACCCCGAAUCUCAAAUCGGAGGUAAGUUUAUUAAAGAUUUUGCAACAGGACCUCCUCAGCUAGUUUUUCCUAAAGGAUAUCUGCUUGGAUCCGAUGAUAACUAUUUUUAUACUGGGUUUGAUUUUAAAUACAUUGGUAGUGGGUACCAAACAAUGAAAGGCAAUGACUGUCAAAACAAAGACACUGAGUUUUGCAAAGGUGUGAAAUUCUUUAACCCGUUGAACAUGACAUAUGUAGGACUUUUAAGUAUUUUGGAUUAUCAACAUUUCAAAGGUCCGGAUGUAACAUGUCCAAAAGGAAAAGCAGUUCUACCAGGUUACACGUUUUAUAGAUUCUAUGAAACAGAUUGCGGUUACUUCAAAUGCAAUAAAUAUGACAACUUCACAUUUUACAUUGAAAACACAACCUACAUAGAUGAUAUGCCACUUAAUAUCACGUGCAAUAAGACAAAUGUAGGGCAACAAUUCAAUUAUACAGUUAAUUCUGAUCCACAAAAGUAUGGCGCAUGGGGGACUUUUAAACGCACAGCAUACUGCCCAGAUCCUGAAUUAUUCUGCAGGACAGUCACAUUGCACGAAAUGAAUUUCGUUCGCGAUCCAUUCGAUCUUGAUUCAAAGCAGCUCGAUGAUCCAUAUGCUAAGUCCAGAGAGCAAAUUACCCUUGAGUUAACAUUAUCAGGAAUUGUGGCAUCAGUUACCUUUAUCGUUAAUUGCGUGAUUAUUGGAUUUAUCAUAUUUUAUAAAGUUCGUGAACGAAAAGGUUCCAAAGGAAAAUCUUCAUCAGAAAGCAUAGAAGAAGAUUCAGUACCAGCUCAAGAUCAUGAACAACCUGACCAAAAUUAUUUAUCUGAUUAA